UACGACUGCCGAACCAGCACCAUAAUGGUCGGCAUGUCCAACGCCGACAAGUGGGAGGCCGUGGGGCACCCUGUGGUGAAGAAAUUGCAUGCCGCGUUGUCCAAGCAGGAGGCGUAUAUCUUGGCCACGAACAGCAACACGAAUCGGUCGGGGAACUUGCAGAGCCAUCCGCAACUACUGCGGGCCGUCGAGUUGGAAGACCUCCUUGUCAAGAAGAUCAACGUCUGGGUGGGCGAGAAGAAGAGCCGCGACUUUAUCAACGAUCCCACGGCGAUGGCCGAGUACUUGAGGGUUGCUUCUUGUCUCGAGGCCGCUAUUGAGUCGCAUGACGACGCAAACAAGUCGUUUUGGCAGAAGGACGUGGUGGCGCCAGUGUCUGCCAAGUCGAUUUUGGAGCAGUUGUUCCAGCCAUCGUGGAUGUCGUUGCCACAGGCAGUGGGCGCGUCAUCGCCUGGGGGGCACUCGAAGGAUGAGAAGAAGCACAAGAAGCACAAGAAGGAGAAGAAGAGCAAGAAGAGCAAGAAGAGCUCCAAGAGGGACGGCGGGGGCAGCGACGGCGACAACGCGGCUACUGGUAGUUCGAGUGCCAGGUUCCAUCCAUACGCGAACAACCCCAUCGGCAACGUCACUAGGGCCCUCAUGCAAAACCUGGACUCGUAACAUGUCGUAUACUAGUUAGUAUCUAUCUAUAUACCACCCCUGCAAACGUCCUAGUACUAUGGUACAUACAUGAAGUACAUGCCAACCAAGUCGGAGCUUGCGCUAAGUUUGG